UCCUGGUCCCUCAGAGCGCGCCCGGUCCCCACGUCCCCGGGCGCCCGCAGCUUUCCCGCUCCCAUUUCACGGGCUGCGGCCGGGAGUGCGGGCGCGUGUCCUUGUGUUUGUGCGCGGGGUGGGGGCGGGCAGUGUUCCCUCCGGGUUGAAAUGCGGCCCAGGAGGGCGAGCCCACCCAGCUGUGCGUCCUGGCCCUCCAGCUCCGCAGGUGGCUCGGCCUGGGUCUCGCCUGCCGUCCCGCCCGGCCCCAGGUUGCGAAAUGUGCUCACAGGAGGCUUUGCAGGCACAGAGAAGCCAGCUUGUGCGGCUGCUGGUCUCAGGAUCCCUGGAAGGCUUUGAGAGCAUCCUGGACUGCCUGCUGUCCUGGGAAGUCCUCUCCUGGGAGGAAUACGAGGGCCUCUGUGUCCUGGGCCAGCCCCUCUCCCACUCAGCCAGAUGCCUCUUAGACACUGUCUGGAGUAAGGGUGCUUGGGGCUGUGAGAAGCUCAUUGCGGCUGUCAGGGAGGCCCAGGCCAGCACCCAGUCCCUGGAGCUGCAUGACUGCUGGGACCCCCAUUCACUCCACCCAGCCCAGGACCUGCAGAGUCACCGGCCAGUCAUUGUGAGGAGACUCUACAGCCAUGUGGAGGGGGUGCUGGACUUGGCGCGGGAGCGAGGCUUUGUCAGCCAGUACGAGUGUGAUGAAAUCAGACUGCCAAUCUUCACGUCCUCCCAGAGGGCAAGAAGGCUGCUGGAUCUCGCCAUGAUGAAGACGAAUGGAUUGGCUGCCUUCCUUCUACAGUGUGCUCAGGAAUUGCCAGUCCCACUGGCCCUGCCUUUCGAAGCUGCUGCAUGUAAGAAGUACCUGUCCAAGCUGAGGGCCACAGUAUCGGCUCAGUCUCGCUUCCUCAGUACCUACGAUGGGGCGGAGACCCUCUGCCUGGAGGACGUAUACACAGAGAAUACCCUGGAAGUGCGGGCGGACGUGGGCAUGGCUGGCCCUCUGCAGGAGAGCCCGGCCACCCUCAGCCUGGAGGAGCUCUUCAGCACCCACAGCCACCUCAACGCAGAUGCGGACACUGUGCUGGUGGUGGGCGAGGCGGGCAGUGGCAAGAGCACACUCCUGCAGCGGCUGCAUUUGCUGUGGGCCACGGGGAGGGCCUUCCAGGAAUUUCUCUUCGUCUUUCCGUUCAGCUGCCGGCAGCUGCAGUGCGUGGCCAAACCGCUGUCCGUGCAGAUGUUGCUCUUUGAACACUGCUGUUGGCCCGAUGCUGGACGACAGGACAUCUUCCAGUACCUUCUGGACCACCCUGACCGCAUCCUAUUAACCUUCGAUGGCUUUGAUGAGUUCAGGUUCAGGUUCACAGAUAGUGAACGUCACUGCUCUCCAGUGGACUCUACAUCUGUCCAGACCCUGCUCUUCAACCUCCUGCAGGGCAACCUGCUGAAGAAUGCCCGCAAGGUGCUGACCAGCCGCCCGGCGGCCGUGUCGCCGUUCCUCAGGAAGUACGUCUGUGUGGAGCUCAGCCUCAAGGGCUUCUCGGAGGAGGGCAUUGAGUUGUACCUGCGGAAGUGCCAUCACGAGCCUGGGAUGGCUGACCGCCUCAUCCACCUGCUCCACACGACCUCAGCCCUGCGUGGUUUAUGCCACCUGCCUGUCUUUUCAUGGAUGGUGUCCAAAUGCCACCAGGAACUGUUGCUGCAGGAAGGGGGCUCCCCAAAGACCACCACAGAUAUGUACCUGCUGAUCCUGCAGCACUUUCUGCUGCGGGCCUCUCCCCCAGACGCAGCACUCCAUGGUCUGGGGCCCAGCGUCCUUCAGGGCAGGCUCUCCAGCCUCCUGCACCUUGGCCAGCUGGCUCUCUGGGGCCUGGGCACGUGCUGCUACCUGUUUUCUGCCCAGCAGCUUCAGGCGGCACAGGUCAGCCCUGAGGACAUUGCCCUUGGCUUCCUGGUACGUGCCAAAAAUGUGGUGCCGGGGAGUGCAGCCCCCCUGGAGUUCCUGCACAUCACUUUCCAGUGCUUUUUUGCUGCCUUCUACCUGGCACUCAGUGCUGACAUACCGCCAGCCUCGCUUGGACACCUUUUCAACUGUAGCAAGCCAGGUGGCUCACCACUGGCCAGGCUGCUGCCUGGGCUGUGCAUCCAGGGCUCAGGGUGCAAGGAGGGUGGCGUGGCAGCUCUGCUCCAGAAGGCUGAGCCACACAACCUUCAGAUCACAGCAGCCUUCCUGGCAGGGCUGUUGUCCCGGGAGCACCGGGGUCUGCUGGCUGAGUGCCAGGCCUCCGAGAAGGCCCUGCUCCGGCUGCAUGCCCGUGUCCGCUGGUGCCUGGCCUGCAGCCUCCGAAAGCACUUCCAGUCCAUCUCGCCAGGCGUGCCGGGUGAGGCCAAGAGCAUGCACGCCAUGCCGGGGUUUGUCUGGCUCCUCCGGAGCCUGUAUGAGAUGCAGGAGGAGCGGCUGGCACGGGAGGCUGUGCGCGGGCUGAAGGUAGGCCAUCUCAAGCUGACGUUUUGCGGCGUGGGCCCUGCCGAGUGUGCUGCCCUGGGCUUCGUGCUGCAGCACCUGCGGCGGCCUGUGGCCUUGCAGCUGGACUACAACUCUGUGGGCGACAUCGGUGUGGAGCAGCUGCUGCCCUGCCUCAGUGUCUGCAAGGCCCUGUAUUUGCGGGAUAACAACAUCUCAGACCGAGGCAUCUGCACACUCGUUGAACACGCUCUUCACUGUGAGCAACUGCAGAAGUUAGCUCUGUUCAACAACAAACUGACCGAUGGCUGUGCACACUCCAUGGCCAAACUUCUUGCAUGCAAGAGGAACUUCUUGGCCUUGAGGCUGGGGAAUAACCACAUCACUGCUGCGGGGGCCCAAAUGCUGGCCGAGGGGCUCCUGGGCAACGCCUCCCUGCAGUUCCUGGGGUUGUGGGGCAACAGAGUGGGUGACGAGGGUGCCCGGGCGCUGGCUGAAGCCUUAGGUGAUCACCAGAGCUUGAAGUGGCUCAGCCUGGUAGGAAACAACAUUGGCAGUGUGGGUGCCCAGGCCUUAGCACUGAUGCUGGAGAAGAACACCACACUGGAAGAACUCUGCCUGGAGGAGAACCAUCUCCAAGAUGAAGGUGUGUGUUCUCUGGCAGAAGCACUGAAGAGAAACUCAAGCCUGCGAGUCCUGAAGCUGUCCAACAACUGCAUCACCUACUUGGGGGCAGAAGCCCUUUUGCAGGCCCUUGCAAGGAAUGACACCAUUGUGGAAGUCUGGCUCAGAGGAAACACUUUCUCUGGAGAGGAAAUUGAGAGACUCAGCCACAGGGACAGCCGACUCUUGCUGUGAUGUCUCCAGGCGGAUGUUCCUUUGUUUGUUAGCAAGCCGGUGGUUUGGGCCCCAGAAGCUGGAUUACAUCUGACAGCAGCCUGUUCAGUCUGAACCCCCUUCUGCUCAGGGCUGAGUUUGUGUUCUGGGAACACACUAGGUCACCUUUAUUCUGGUGGAGGAAGGAGCAUCAGUGCCCUCCAGAACAGAAUUUUCCCAAACCUACUUUUCACAUUGGCUUCUCCAGAAUCAAUGCUGGGAAUGCCCCUCCUCCAUAGUAUGGGGCUGGCCUCCGGCUCAUCCUCUGGCCUCAUGAGGCAGACCCCCUCCCAUUCCUCUCAUGAAGAAGACAGGUAUUCAAGAAGCAUCUUUCUACCAGGUUGACUCAUAGACCGUCUAUCUGGGCCAUUCCCCACCUGAGGUUCCCUAUUUCCUUUGAGGUUGAGAUACAGAAUAUCAGUGAGCUCAGCUUUCAUAUUUUGCUUUCACACCUUCGACCCUGGCACCCAGGAUGGCAAGAGCUGCAACUUCGCCUGCUUUCUUUUGCAGUGCUUUAGAUAUUGUUGGAAGGGGACACAUGACAGCCAUUUGUUCCCCAAAACAUUCUGGAUUUGCAAGCAAAAUAUGACCACACUCCAGCUGGUUUCACAUGUGGACUUUUAUUUCCAGUGAAAUCAAUUAUUUUUCAGUUAAGCCUUUGGAAAUGGCCCCACUUUUAAAAGCUCCAAAUGCAGCUUUUUAAAAUUAAUCUGGGCCAGAAUUUCAAACGGCCCCACUAGGCUUCUAGUGGCUGCCUGUGAACUGAACUCUGACAACAGACUUCUGAAAUAGAUCCGUGAGAGACAGUUCCAUUUUAUAUGGGCCAGAGUGCUUUAGGGUAUACAGUUAUGGAUUUUAAGUUACAAGGGCAAAAUCAGGCUCUUCUUCCUAAGCAAACGUCUUUCUGGAUUAUUCAAAGCGAUGCAUGUUGAAGCACUUGUAAAUUGUCAGGUGCUGUACAGAUGUUAUUAUCUUAAACAUUAUUAUGUGUGAAAGUGGUUAGUAUUUAUAAAUUACUUUUUUCUACUCUCCUAAGUUUAUACUUUUAUAGACAACAUGACCAUGAACUUAUUGUUGUACAUAACCAUAGAGGAAUAAAUUAUUCAGUCACCACAGCCCUUUUCCUUGUGACAAAACAUUUUUAAAUAUUCCUAAAACUUGUUGAAUUUUAAAGCACAAUUUUCUGCUGGAAGGGGGGAAAAUGAUGUGUUCAACCAGAUAAUUUACUGCUUAAGGCAAAAGCAAUUCUUCAGAAUAAGCCAGCAAUCAAAACACAUUUGGCUUCCACUUAGAAAAGUCUAGCCCAGUAGGAAGGCUGUGCAGGAGCCUCCAGGUGCUCAGCCUAAAAGGCUGCAGCUCACUUGAAAAGGCCCCUAGGCCUCCCUCCAUCUCUCCAAGUGGCUCCAGAAGUCUUUAACAGGAGAAAAGUGGAGGGUAUUUGUGUAUAGCUCUUGGCUGCCAGUGGUCUCCGGUGCAGGCCUUGUAUUGGAAUAAUUCUUAGCUGCAUUUAAUGAGCCAGGGCUCAGGUGGCUGCUCACCAAAGUGAAAUUGCACUUCCUUGAAAGGUUUUGUGUGUUAGGGCCUCUUGGUACAGCGGCCUCUGCCUGGGCUCCUGGGCAUCUGUGUGUGUCUGUGGGCUCUUUGUUGUUGGUGUUGUGUUCUGUACACACCAUUGUUUCUGGGACAGAAGAUCAGAUGGGGAGGAAGAUGGAGAAGCAUCUGCCUUCUCCAGGAGCAAACGCAGUUGCCCAUUUGCAUAGCGCCACAUUGGGUUAUGAAUUCCUCUUAGUUCAUUCAGCAAUGAUUAACCGGUUAGUUAGGAAAAUCAGUGGAUGGACGAAACAGAUGUGGUCCCUGUCCCCAGGCACUUAGGAAAGAAAAGGUGGAGGGAGGGGCAGGCAGAAAACAAGUAAACAGAAAUAUACAUAAACUGAGGUCUUUGGCCUGUUGAGGGUUGUUCUGGGACAGGUUAUCUGAGGAGGUGCUGGGUAAGCUGUGACCCCAUGAAUGAGAAGGGGCUGCCCAUGCAAACAGGUGAGGGGGGCCAAGGA